CCGAAUGCAAGAAGUGUUAAUGAUGAUAAAGUUAGAUAUAAUGUUAUUUUUAAAUCUAAAUCAGGUCGCGAUAAACACUAUAAAUGGUUAAAGAAUAAUUACAAUAAAACUGUUAUAAAGUCAAAACAAAGCAUUUUAUCGAUCAAAAAUAAAAACACUGUAAAUGAUUUUUCUGCUGAUGGUCUUUACGGAUACACUGCCUGGUUUACUCAUGAAUUUGCUAGCAAAAAAUUAAAGAAGAGAGAUGAAGUCGCUGUUGUGGAAAAGGAUUUUACAAUGAAAAUUAAUUUCGUGGUUCCACGUGAAAUCGAGAAAACCGUAAUCCCAAAUAUAAAUUUGGAUCGUAUAGAUAAAGGCAGUACUUUAGAUGAAAAAUUUGAAUUUCCUGAUACGGCAGAAUUUGAAGAACGUGCUAAAUCUGGUGCCUUUUUUUGCGCUAAUUGCACAAGUGAUGGUGACCAAAAUGGUCAUGGAACUAAUGUUGCUGGAAUUGUAGCCGGUAAAACUUUUGGCGUCGCAAAGAAAUCUACGGUUAUUUCUGUAAGAGUUUUGAAUGCUACUGGUGCGGUUUUGUCAGCAGGUGUUUUUUCUAAAUUUGAUAUUAGUGUAGAUUCGGGAACCUCUCAAGCAUCACCCCAUGUUGCUGGUACAAUUGCUCUUAUUAUUGCUAAAAGCGGUAAUCAAAGUCCAGCAAAGAUGGCCACUACAUUGAAUGAUUUGUCAUUUAAAAAUGCAGUAGAUUUUGGUGGUAACAAAACUCUUGAAAAAGAUACUGCAAACAAUAUAGUACGCAUCCCUGCACCAUAA